UAGUGGGUAAUAUACGUCUCCAGACAAGGAAGUGCAUAUAACUGGUGUAACAAUAUAGAGAAAGAUACUUGUACAGUUGGGUCAAAGCUAAUUAUUUUAUCUUUACAACGUGACUUAUAACAACCGCUCUAUUCUGUACUAAAUAUGGCCUACAACUGAUGAUAUCAUAUUUCUUAGUAUUGAGGCGUCUUCUUUUACUGUAAGACUUGGUUCAGUCAGUGACGGAAUUGUUCAGUAAUCCAAAUAUGAAAAAUAUGCUGAUGGUUUUGCUCAGAAGGAAGGUGAAGCAGUAUGUAGACAAUUAGGAUAUCCCCGAGCUACAUUUCCUUAUAGCACACUGUAUUGCGUAUGUCCGUCUUCAUUAGCCCAGUUCGGAGCAGAACAGCACAGGAAAGGGUUUUAAAUGCUAAAUGUCAACUGUAUUCAAUCUAAUUUGUCUUAAUAAUUGGUGAAUGACGUUUCAUUUACAAUAUUGGGUGACUUUUCAAGUAAUAUAUCUGCCAAACGUAUAUUAUAUUAUACGACAUAAAUAUAGUUAUUAUGAAAGGCUAAAUUUACAAAUAGGUUGACUGUAUUCAACCUUCUUGUCUUAAUCGCUUCUACUUUAGUAUACAAAUGAAUAUGGUAUAUGAAUACAACCCCUUGUAUAUUGUUACACCAGUUAUAUACUUCCUUGUUUGUAGACGUAUAUUGCCUACUAUUAACACAAUAUACAGGUAUGCCAUACUAGUUUAUGUACCUGAUAUUAUACAGGUAGAUGUACUUGAUCAUCUUUAAACUAUACCUAAUAAAUUCCACUGACUUAUUUUAUACAUCAUGGCUGUGUUUUGGAUAAUAAUGAUAAUAGAAAUUAUGUUAUAUACACUAGCGGCAAAUGGUCAAUGUGCAUCUAGUACCAAUAUAGUACCUGUAUGUACCAACAGUACUGACAGUUAUACACAGAUGAAUAUACCUGUUAAUGGUGGUAUGGGUGAUGGUUGUCAGUGUGACGUCACGUUGGUUGAAACACCCACAUCUGGUAUUAACAGUGUUACUGUAUCCAAUGUAGAGGAUGUAAAAGAAUGUGGAUAUAAAGUGGUUAAUUAUAACACACUUAAUAAUGAUAGCUGGACUUGUUCUAAUAGUGAGAUAUUCCUCUAUCCACUGAGUUUAAAUAAAUCCUUCCAGUUAACAUUUACCAGAGAUUCAACACCAGAACCUACUUCUACUGGAUUCUGUUUACAUAUAACCACGACAAUCAUCAACAUUGAUACAAAUGCCAGUUUCACGAUCAUCUGCUGGCGUAGCGAUACUACUACAUCAGCUACAAUCAGCACGGCAUCAACCCCACAAAUGACAAUAGAACAAACAAGACCACCACCAACAACCAAUUUUAAAAUAACCUCAAGAAAAAGUACGACAUCUGUUAGUAAGGUAGCUCCUGACGGGGGGUCCACGGACAGAACACCGGUGAGUGGCAUGACAUCUAUAUAUAGGUCAACGGAACAAGCAAGUACACCAAAUAACGGUUUAUCUGCAGUUACAGGUAUAGCUGUUGGAGUAUCAUUUGGUUUUCUUGUCUUAAUCAUCAUCAUUGUCAUACUUAUAUGUAUAAUACGAAGAAAGGAUAAGUUACUUGAUGAAUACGUAUCUAGAUCUGACGUCAAUCACCCUAAUAACAUGUAUGACGUCAUGACACCAAGAGAAGAUAAUCACCACUAUGAAAUGUCACCUGCGCGAGAUUCUAACGCAACGACUGACGAUGUUCAGUCUACAUAUGACGUCAUGGUGAAUAGAUCGCCCAAGAACAAUUAUCAAACAUUGGCGCAACCUGUAAAUAACGGUGUAUACGUCAAUCAGUGACUUUAUUUGACAAUUAUAAAUGUUAAUCAAAUAAUUACGAUUUAAGUUUGAACAGGUUUAAUGGCUCUGUUAUGUUCGGUCGGUUGUCAACACGGUUUCGCACCAUGGACAAUAACGCUGCCGAUAAUCCUGUUCUAAUCUUUUUACGGUAUGAUUUCCCCUUAUCAGCAGUGCAGGACAGCUGUCUUGUCGUUCCGAAAGGACGAAAUCCAAGUUCUCAUGUAUAUAUUAGCCUGCGCGUAAAAGAUUAAUUGGCAGUUGGAAUUCGAUAUAAGAGUAGAACGUAGCAUCACAGUCCGAGCAAAAUUUCCAUCAUAGCACAUUGUAUGGCGCAUGCCUGUCUUAUUAGCCCAGAGCAGUAGGACGUUAAACCCUAUUUCAUUUCAAUUAUUUGUUCUAAUCUUGUCGGUUUGGACACAGGUGGGUUAAACACUAUCCUCAUGUUUAACGUUAAAAAGAAGUUUCAUCAGUGGAUUGUAUUAGUUGAUUGUUUUACUAAAAUGUUCACCUGUCACAUCGCAAGGGGCCGCUUUGAAUUAAGUCACUAUAUUCGAUCAUUGGGCCCGAAUCAACCCACCAUCUCUUCCCUCGAAGCUGAUUCCUGGCGCAAGGUUUCUUAUUUGUCCUGUGCUUAUGGUAUAUUGUCUACCGAUUAACGAAUGAAGUGUCCCUGUGGCCCGGGGGUCAGUUGCUAGUUGAGCCAGAAUAUGGGGCACUUCCCGCCUUUAAAAGGCAGAACCUGGCAUAAAUUUCCCAGAAUAUCAUUCAGAUCAUAAUUUGGAUUGAUCCAACAGUUGGCCACAACUUGGUGUGGGGAGCAGUUAUUAUUUUUAUUUCAUUAAGAUCUACCACAAACGUUACGACUUUAAAUUGUUUAAUCUAACGGUGUAAUAUGAUUUAUUGGACGUGAUAUAAACAUAACAUUUAAACCAUGUAAAUUGUUUAAUCUGACUAAAAACAUAACAUUUAAAUCAUCUAAUUUGUUUAA